UUUGUACACCAGUUUCAAUUUUGAGAAGGAAAAUACCUCGAUUUAUUGAAAAUACUCCCAAAUCAUGGGAGUUCCAGCCUUUUUUCGAUGGCUUAGUAGAAAAUACUCGGCUAUAGUUGUACACUGCGUAGAGGAAAAGCCCAAGAUCAUCAAUGGCGUGAAAGUGCCAGUCGAUACGUCUCUACCAAAUCCAAAUGACACAGAGUUUGAUAACCUCUACUUGGACAUGAAUGGUAUCAUUCAUCCUUGUUGUCAUCCGGAAGACAAGCCUGCUCCAAAGAACGAGGAUGAAAUGAUGGUGGAUAUCUUUGCCUACAUUGACCGCAUCUUUUCAAUCGUCCGCCCCAGGAAAGUGCUCUACAUGGCCAUUGAUGGAGUGGCACCGCGAGCGAAAAUGAACCAGCAAAGAUCAAGAAGAUUCAGAGCGUCAAAAGAGAGCGUGGAAAAGGUUGGGGACAUGGCAAGAAUCCGUGAAGAAGUUGCCUCAAGAGGAGGUCUACUCCCCCCAGAGAAAAAACCCUCUGAACACUUCGAUAGCAAUUGUAUCACGCCUGGCACUCCGUUCAUGUUCCGGCUGGCUGAGUGUCUCCGGUAUUACAUCCAUGAUCGGCUCAACAACGACCCUGGCUGGAGGAAUAUCAAGGUCAUACUAUCGGACGCUAACACUCCUGGAGAGGGAGAGCAUAAGAUUAUGGAUUACAUCAGGAGACAGAGAGCCCAACCUGACCACGAUCCAAAUACUCAUCACUGCCUGUGUGGAGCUGAUGCUGAUCUUAUCAUGUUGGGUCUCGCCACCCAUGAACCGCAUUUUACUAUCAUAAGAGAAGAGUUCAAGCCAAACAAACCACAUUCAUGUGAUCUAUGUGGACAAUUUGGUCAUGAAAUGAAAGAAUGUAAUGGUCUACCAAAGGAGAAAGAGGGAGAGAAUGAUGAGCUGGAGAAGCCAAUAGGUCAAGAACAAGAGUUCAUAUUCCUACGGUUGAAUGUCCUGCGAGAGUAUUUAAAGAAAGAGUUGCGGAUGGAUGGACUUCCAUUCACCUAUGACUUUGAGAGAUGUGUAGAUGACUGGGUUUUCAUGUGUUUCUUUGUUGGUAAUGAUUUUCUGCCACAUUUGCCGUCACUUGAAAUCAGGGAAGGUGCCAUAGACAGAUUAGUCAGUUUAUACAAGAAAGCAGUGUAUAAAACAGGGGGAUAUUUAACAGACAGUGGUGUGGUGAGCUUGGAUAGAGUUCAGUUAGUUAUGACAGAUUUGGGUGAGGCGGAAGAUGAAAUCUUCAGCAGACGUCGUGACAAUGAGCUUAUGUGGAAGAAGAGAGAGAAAGAUAAGAAGAAAAGACUGAAAGAUAUGGACAAGGCCCAGGCCCCUAAGUGGAUCAUGGGAGGACAGUUUUCACCACAGGCCCUUGGUCGCGGUGGCCGAGGGGGUGGUGCCAUAUCAAAUCCACGACAGGAGAUGUCCAAUCUUAGACAACAAGCCAUGAACUAUGGUACAUCUUCCUCAAGUCGAGAUGGAGACAAUCAGAGUGCAGCUAAAGCCCUGAAAGCCAUGCUUGUGGAUGGAAGUGAGAAAAGUGAUAAAGGUGGAGCUAAUGGUUCAGAGCAAAGAGGGACAAAGAGGAAGGCUGAGGAUGAGGAAGAAGAUGAACCAGAGCCAGAGGAUAAUGUCAGGUUAUGGGAAGAGGGCUGGAAAGACAGAUAUUACGAAGGCAAAUUUGAUGUGAAGGCUGACGACAUUGCCUUCCGACACAAAGUGGCCAAUGAAUAUGUGAUGGGUCUCUGCUGGGUGUUGCGAUAUUACUACCAGGGCUGUGCGUCAUGGAAAUGGUACUUCCCAUAUCACUAUGCACCCUUUGCCUCAGACUUUGUCAACAUUGGCGACUUGCCCAACGACUUUGAGAGAAACACGCAGCCUUUUAAACCAUUAGAACAGUUGAUGGGUGUGUUCCCAGCUGGUAGUAAGGCACAUCUUCCACCUACGUGGCAGGUACUCAUGUGUGACCCGGAAUCUCCCAUCAUCGAUUUCUAUCCUGUAGACUUCAAAAUUGAUCUCAAUGGAAAGAAAUAUGCAUGGCAAGGAGUGGCUUUGCUGCCGUUCGUCGAUGAGAAGAGGCUCCAUAGUGCUUUGGAGACCGUCUACCCAGAUCUUACUGACGAUGAGCAAACGCGUAACACACGUGGAAAUGAUCGACUGUUUUUAAACAAAUGGCAUGAUGCAUUUGAUCUCUUCUGCGGACUUUACGAAAAUGGUGGAACCGUUGAAAAAGUUGACAUGGAUGGAAAGAAAACGCAAGGCAUGGCCGGCAUAAUAUGGUGUGACAAAGCCGCGGUAACACCAGGAGUGACAGUUAGGAGUCCCUUACCACAGUUGAAGGACCUUACAGACAACCAAGCUCUCAGUGUUCAAUUUCUUGACCCCCAGUUUGAAGAUGGUCAUCUCUUCAAGUCUUCGGUCCUGCCGGGAGCUAGCUUUCCCGCCGAUGUGUUGAAGCCUGGUGAUAUGCCUGACAACAGAGGAUCGGGCUAUCGACCCCAGCUUGGGUUCAAGAGGGGUAGUGGCUACCGAGGAAGAGGGCAGAAAGACUCCUCGGCUGCUGUUCGACAUAUCAGACAAGGAACUGGUGGCCAAUACAGCAACGCUCCACCUCCUAAUUCCUAUAGUGGGCGGCAGCGUUCCUACACAUCUCCUGGAGGUGGUGGUGGUUAUGGACAGCAAGGUGGAGGAGGCUAUGGUCACCAAGGAUCUUGGGGCAGCCAGUCACAGUCACAAUAUGGUGGCCAGCCAAUGUCGUGGCAACGUAACAUAGCUGGUCAACAGGGGGCGUACCAGCAGAACAUGCAGCGUGGAUAUAGCACAGGCGGCCAGGGUUAUGGAGGUGCAGGCGGGUACCAGAGUCCAGGAUCAUCCUACCAGUCUCACAAUCAAGGCAGAAGGGACAACAACAGGUCAGGAGGUGGACGAGACCCUUAUGGUUCUACUUACAGUAAGGGCAGCAGUGGGGGCGGCCGAGACCCUUACGAUACUGGUAGCAGCGGCAACAGGAGAGGUGGUUCAUAUCCAAAUCCUCCUGGGUACCGAAGGUAUUAGUGCCGCAAUAGGUCAAGUUUUUUGCCUGUUAACCUGUUCAUGAGCUGUUAAGAGAAUUUAUGGACUUUCAAAUAAUGAGCUUUAGACCUGUCGUAGCCAUAUCUGGCAAAGACUGUUUUGGCCAGUACGGGUUAUGUUACAUUUUACAUUUGUCAUCACUUAAAGAUUCAUGGCAUAGUCUGUACUAAAAUAUCUAAAUUUUCCCGGUAUAUUAUCUCCGUUUUAUGUUCUGUUCUGGUUAUAACUCUUUUCUGUGAAGGAAUCAAGAUAUGAUAUGCAUUGUUUGGUUAGAAAGCCUGUCAUGGAUUCAGAGUGGCUGAUAUUUUAUUGCUGCAAUGAUUGUAAAUGUGUCAAUUCAGAUAUAUACCUUGCAGGAGCUCUUUUCUUUCUGAAUCAUGUUGAGCAUGUAGUAAAUGAAUAUCUUUGAAAAUCUUUGUUCCAUGUUUUGCAUAUUUUAUUCAUGGUGUCAUUCCGUGAUCAUCAAAAAAAUCAUGUUUAUUCCCCAUGUAAAUUAAUUGAUGGGGUGAUGGUGAGACUUUCUUUGUAAUAGUAAACAACUUGAAGAACUGUUACUCAUAUUGUUAAUCAGUGUUUGCAUGUACAUGAAACAUCAUGAUAGCUGCAAAAGAGUAGUGAGAGAGUACCUCCAGAAGUUGAAAAAUUGUCUUUUCUUGUAAAUAUCCCAGUAUUAUGUUUGCAUUGGCAGCUGAGCUCCUUUGUUGUACAAAUUUACCAAGCUUGUACUAAAGUUUCUGCUACACUUUAGAUCUGUGCUUCCUUAGUUCAGUAUCCUGUGGGCAUGCCAACUUGUGAAUUGGCAGCACUGAAUUCUCAACUUCAAUGUAACUACAUAUUAUAUAUGGAGCAACUCUGCUGUAUAUCAAUUCAUAUAGAUUGUUUGCAUUACUGUACUGAACGUAAGUCAAACUGAUUUUGGAAAUGGUAAUAUCUUAUUGAAUGGACCUCUCUCCUGGUGUUGAUGUCCACUGGUCUACAUGUAUCACCAGUGGUGACUGAAAAUUUAAGGCCAUGCAUUUGCAUUUAAGCCCAGCUUCAUUAUUUCUAAAAGGAAUUACAGUUUGGCAUUGAUAAUAUGGUUCUUUGAUUUUAUAAUUAUGUAGGAUAAGUUAUCUUUUGUAAUGAGGGCGUUUUCUUGUUGUAGCAAAUAAUAAUACUUGAAGUAUAUUUUAUCUUGAUGAAAACGUUGAUGAACUUUAUGAAAAUAAAUGUUUAUAA